AUGUCGGACAGUCAUUCAGUAAUGUUGAAUAUUCUUAAAAGGAAUAGAUUAACAUCUCCCAGCAGCAAUGUUAAAUACUCCAAUUUUAAAGAUGCAUGUAGCACUUCAGUAUUUCUGGACAGCAGAUGCAAUGAGUCAAUAAAAGAUCCUGAUGUAGAACAUAAAGAAGCACCGAGUGUAACAAGUUUAUCAUUGCUACAAGAGCAUUCUGAGCACAUUCAUCCAAAUGCCCUCUUUCCUGGGUCAUCAUCUAUUGAAAAUGAAAUGAAUUCUAUCUCCUCAUCAGAAAGAAGAGAAGCAAAUAGAAGUGUAGAUUUCUUUGAAACUCCUAAAGUGAGUAGAAAAGGCUCCUCACUACGCAGGAGACUGCUUUUAUAUAAGACUGUUCCAGCUGGCACAACUGUAGGAUGCUGUGAAAGACAAGCUAGUUCUUCAGGAAGCAGCAGGAAAAAAAUAUUCUCUUGUGUUCUGAGCUCUGAAAAAAAGCUUUUACAAACUACUUCAGAUUCUCCAAAAGAUAAAAGUUACAAACCUCUGACAACUAGCACUUCAAAAACUGAGGACUCUAAUCCCGAUUGCUCAAAAUGGAGACUUUCCUUUUCACAACAAAGGACUUCUACGCUAGAUGAGUCCAAAUGUAAAGACCCCUUAUUGCUAGAACCAGAAUGUUUAUCUCCAAUUCAGUGUAAGGAUGCUAUUGUUAGUAAUGCUAAUGAAUUCAAUGAAAGUGUCCUUAUGAGUGCUAGUGAUGGGUUGCUUAGGACUCCUACUUACAGUGUGUUACCUGAGGCCAGUGAGGGUAAGUUCCUGACUUCUAUCAACAGUCUUGUGGAGAACUUUAACUUCGAAAUAUGUGAUAUAAACUCUCCGCCUGUAAAGCUGGCAAGUUACCCAGAUCUUUCAACACCUGAGGAUAGUGGAUAUAAUUCACUUCAUUUGGACAAAUCAGGAGACUCAUUGUCUGAUCAUGAGGGAUCUUUCCAAGAGUUCUUCCAAAACCGUAAAGAAGGUUCCAAAAUUCUGGAUAGUAAAAGAAAGACAAGAAAACUUGAACGAGUUAGAAGGUUAUCCACUCUUCGGGAACAAGGCUCACAGUCAGAGACAGAAGAUCAUCAUGGUGGUCCUUCUAUUUCAGCAUGUACGUUAUCAGAAGAAAGAAACUUUGUCAGUGAAGACCGUGCAUUAGUUUUAGAAGAACAGCCUGGUGGAGACCUAGCUGUAAGUCAUGGAGAUCUUGCAAGGACUCCAGCUCUGAAAAUAGUUCAUGAAAUUUGCUUGCAAAGACAAAGAUCAGACCAAAAUCAAAUAUCAGAGCAUAUUGAUGGAACAGAAAUAUUUGCAUUAGAACAUGUUCUUGCUGGACUUAUUGGCAAGAAAAUGGGCCUUGAAAAAUUAGAUAUUUUAACAGAAUUAAAAUACAGAAAUUUAAAACAUGUUCUUGCUAUAGUUUUAGAUGCUUUGACAGUGGAAAGUCUAUGCAGCAUUUGGAAAGUAAGCAAAAAUUGGCGUGAAAUCAUUGUACAAGAUAAAAGUGCAGAUAAGAGGAGAAAGUUGUACAUAAAACACCUGAAAGAAGAAGCUGGGGAAUAUUUCUUGAAAGCUGAAGAUGCUGCCACAAGACUUAAUGUUCUCAAUAGAUCUGCUCUAAGGCCCGUUCAAGCUCAAGCCAGAACUCCUGUAGUACAAACACCACCUUCACAUACUGAACUUACACCCAGGAGAUGCAGUUCUGUUCCCCAUUCAACUAGCAGACAGGAAGAAUACAUAAAAGUUGCUAAAACUCUGUUCACUGAUGAAGCUCUAAAACCCUGUCCAAGAUGUCAAUAUCCUGCUAAAUAUCAAUUGGUAAAGAAACGGGGACUAUGUAGCAGAGAGGCAUGUGCAUUUGAGUUCUGUAUUUUAUGUCUGCAUGCUUUCCAUGGGUCAAAAGAAUGUAAUAGUUUAUCUGCAAAAUGGAAGAACAAAAAAGAUGCUCCUCCAGGAAGCACCCAAAGCAAAAGAAAUUUAAAAAGACUCUAA